ACCAAGCAGAGUGAGCCCGGAAAGCAUAUAAUGUUUUGUAAAUAAAUCAAAAAUAUAGAAUUUUUUAUGCAAAAUUACGAUUGAAAAUGAACUUUCAAUGAGAUUCCCCUUCAAAAAGGACAAUCAAUUAUGGAGUAUCAAUAAUGCCACCAGAAAUGUCCAAGUCUGUUUUCUUUCAGGAACAUAAGCCUGAAUCCCUGGAUAAACAUGGCAGCUAGAUAAAGCAUUCCCGAGAGGAAGAUGGCAAUCAAUAGGUGUGUCUGAUGACAAACCUACAGAGCACAUGUACCACCGGGCACCACAGGCAGUGAAGGAUUUGGUUCCAGCACUACUAACCCCAGUCAUUCGUUGGCCAAAGGGCAGGCAGGCAGGCGGGCGGGCGGGCAGGCCAGAAGGGGUGCAUCAAUGAACAACCGCAACGUAACAAUAAAUAUCAAUAUUGCCACUGUUCAACCUCAUGGAACCGGCCAUCAAAAUCGAGGAGGAUAGUACGGACUUGGGCGAGUUUGCGUUCCUCUCCGAACAGCACCUGAUGGACGACAUUGCGGACAGCAUUAAGAAAGGUAGCAGCACAGCGAAAAAGCACCCGCUUUCCCGCAAACGCAAGCUGGACAUUGCCGAACUAUUCCAGCUUACUUCCGCCGGCAGUACCGGCGCCAACCAGCGCAAUCUGUUAGAAGCCCCUUUCCCAAUACUGACGAUCAACGAGCUGAAUGAGUUCGAUACGCUGCUGCUGGGCAAUCUUUCAUUCACGGAAAAAUGUGCACAAAUGCUACACUCGGUGAUUAGGGAUGAGGGCAACUCGCUGGACAAUGCAACGUGCCACAUGCGGUUGCUGCUGGAGCAUGCGAUCGAUUACACGGUGAUACUGCGCUACAGCUGGUACGGAUUUAUGCCACGCUCGCCGGCCGCCCGAAGCAGCGGAGAGCAGCACCCGUUCCGCAAUCUGCUGGGCGUGAUCAGCUUGCUGCACCGGGCGCGCCAGCUACGGUUUGCGACCUGCAGCCGGGAGGAGAUCAACGAGGGCAUUGAGAAGUUCCUCAAGCGAAAGUUGCGGUGCCAUGCGCUGUUUGUGAAAAAGCAGCAGCUAGCGAAACAGCAAGGCUAAUCAUGUGUGGGUGUGCAGGUUUAACCUGGAUCCGGAUCCAAACAGUUGGUGCCAAAAUAUCGGCUAAGAGUAGCAGUAGAUUAGACCAAACCAAAACAACCCAUCACGAAGAAUCUCACGCGGGGGAAAGGUUCCACUCUUUUCCAUCUCCUCUAGUCAUUGCAUGUUCGUUUCGUGGUGAUGCUGGCGGAUGUAUAAGAUUAGAUACUUAUUGUGAUUUAUUGCAUACGUAACCAGCAACCGGGACCGGAUGUGUGGAGCGCCGGAUCACAGCGCACCGACAUUGCAAUCAUGGUGUGUGCUCCAGAGUCCUGCUGGCGAAAGAACUAACCGAAUCGAAAGCACGAUAUAGAUUGUAAUACCAAUAAACAUGAGAUUAAAAUUAUCUAAAGCCGAACGAUAUGUUUGAAACGUGUUUCGCGGUCUGUUCCACGCGUA